AGCUGUAAGUGGGAUUAAUGAAUGUUGAUGAAUUGUAAACAAAGCAAGGUAGAGGGUGGAGAAAAGAAAAAAGGAUUAGGUGAAAUGGGAAUCUAUGAAGAAAGCUAGAAGCUGUCAAGUAGUGGAGACAGAUGAUGAUUCUGAAGGCAACAACUAACUGUCAUAAAAGGCGAAAACGUUUGGCAUCAUGAGCAUUUUCAAGACAUAGCUCACAGCACGUACUAAAAUAGUAUAUGUCAUGUUUAUGAGUUUCCAUGAAGUUUAGCAUACGUGUUUGGAAAAAUUACUAUUUUAUUGUGAAUAAUUAAUGUAUACAAUUUGCCAUAUCACUACCUAUAAAAGGAUCCCAGGACAGAGACAGAGCAGCAAAUAGCUGUUUCAGCUUCGUUUCGGUGGUGUGGAAGUUGUCCAGUGCAGCUUCAGGGGAGUUUGAUGAAGUAAUGAUGGAAGGUGGUGACAUAUUCAGAGUUAGUAGCGCACGCUUAAGUAGUUCAAAUAUAUGGAGGAACACUGGGAUGGAAGCGUUUUCGAGGUCUUCUAGGGAGGCUGACGAUGAAGAGGCAUUGAAGUGGGCGGCGCUGGAGAAACUUCCGACAAAUCUUCGUAUAAGGAGAGGCAUAUUUACAGAAGAAGAGGGUAAAACACGAGAAAUCGAUAUAAAGAAUCUUGGACUUGUUGAAAGAAAGAAUCUUGUAGAAAGGCUGCUGAGAAUUGCAGAGGAAGGCAAUGAGAAGUUUUUGCUGAAGCUCAAGGAACGUAUUCAGAGGGUCGGUCUUGAUUUUCCGACAAUUGAAGUCCGAUAUGAGCACUUGAAUGUUGAUGCAGAAGCAUAUGUUGGCAGCAGAGCUCUGCCUACUGUGUUCAACUUUACUGUUAAUAUCUUGGAGGGUUUCUUGAGUUAUCUUCAUGUUCUUCCAAGUAGGAAGAAACCACUACCAAUUCUGCAUGAUGUCAGUGGAAUCAUCAAACCUGGCAGAAUGACGCUGCUUUUAGGGCCGCCAUGCUCCGGAAAAACCACAUUGCUGUUAGCCUUGGCUGGAAAACUGGAUCCAGAGUUAAAAGUAUCUGGAAGAGUAACAUACAAUGGUCAUGAGAUGGAAGAGUUUGUACCACAAAGGACAUCAGCAUACAUUAGUCAGAAUGAUCUGCAUAUAGGAGAAUUGACAGUUAGAGAAACACUGGCUUUUUCGGCAAGAUGUCAAGGAGUUGGAGCUCGUUAUGAAAUGCUGGCCGAGUUGUCAAGAAGAGAGAAGGAAGCAAACAUUAAGCCAGACCCUGAUCUUGAUAUUUUCAUGAAGGUUAUGAUUAGCUUAAGGGAAAAGUUCUUAUCAUGCUUGUUAUCAGCCAUAAAUUGUAUUUCACAGACGACUCAUCAUAUAUCUUCUUGGUCUUUCAUCCUACAGGCAGCAUCAAUUGAAGGGCAGGACGCAAGUGUCGUCACAGAUUACAUAAUCAAGAUUUUGGGGCUUGAGGUCUGUGCUGAUACUUUAGUUGGUGAUGAAAUGGUGAGAGGAAUUUCUGGAGGGCAACGGAAGAGAUUGACGACAGGGGAAAUGCUGGUUGGGCCAGCAAGAGCGCUAUUUAUGGAUGAGAUAUCGACUGGUUUGGAUAGUUCAACAACUUUCCAGAUAGUGAAUUCAAUAAGGCAAUCCAUCCACAUUUUACAAGGAACUGCUGUAAUCUCACUCCUGCAGCCUGCACCAGAGACGUAUAACUUAUUUGAUGACAUAAUCCUUUUAUCAGAUGGAGAGAUUGUAUAUCAAGGUCCCCGUGAACACGUACUAGAAUUCUUUGAAUUUAUGGGUUUCAGAUGUCCUGAGAGAAAAGGAGUAGCAGACUUUUUGCAAGAAGUGACGUCAAAGAAAGAUCAAGAGCAGUAUCGGAUACACAAAGAUGAGCCUUACAGUUAUGUGUCUUCCAAGGAGUUUUCUGAAGCAUUUCAGUCAUUCCAUGUCGGGCGGAAGCUUGGUGAUGAGCUUGCUGUUCCUUUUGACAAGGAAAAGAGCCAUCGUGAUGCCCUUACCACUGUUAAAUACGGCGUUAGCAAGAAGGAACUUCUAAAAGCCUGUGUAGCUAGAGAAUUUCUGCUGAUGAAGAGGAAUUCGUUCGUCUAUAUAUUCAAAUUGAUACAACUUAUCCUUAUGGGUAGCAUAUCAAUGACAGUAUUUCUGCGCACUGAGAUGCCUAAGAAUACAGUAACUGAUGGUGGAAUUUACAUGGGUGCUCUCUUUUAUGCCCUUAUAAUGAUUAUGUUCAACGGAUUCUCAGAGCUAGCUCUCAGCAUUCUCAAACUUCCGGUUUUUUACAAGCAACGCGACCUUCUGUUUUUUCCUCCAUGGGCAUAUUCUCUACCAGCAUGGAUCCUUAAAAUUCCCAUCACACUUGUUGAAGUUGCCAUUUGGGUGGGACUGACUUAUUAUCCCACUGGAUAUGAUUCUGAUGCUGGAAGAUUUUUCAAACAAUUGCUUCUGCUUAUAGUCAUCAAUCAAAUGGCUGGCGGACUGUUCCGUUUGGUGGGUGCACUAGGAAGAAACAUCAUAGUUGCAAAUACAUUUGGAUCAUGUGCAUUACUCACAGUUCUUGUCUUAGGUGGAUUCAUUUUAUCACGAGAUAAUAUUAAAAGUUGGUGGAUAUGGGGUUACUGGUUCUCACCCUUGAUGUACGGGCAGAAUGCCAUUGCGGUGAAUGAAUUUCUUGGAAAGAGUUGGAGCCAUAUUCCUCCUGGCGCAACGGAACCAGUUGGUGUGUCAAUCUUAAAGGCUCGAGGGAUUUUCCCAGAAGCACGUUGGUACUGGAUUGGUCUAGGAGCAAUUAUUGGAUAUGCAUUUCUAUUCAAUUUCCUAGUGACAUUGGCUCUAACUUAUCUCAACCCAUUGGGGAAACCACAAGCUAUUCUAUCAGAAGAAACAUUAGCAGAGAGGACUGCAAGCAAAAGAAUCGAGCCUAUUGAACUGUCAUCCAGAGGAAAGAGAACCUCUGGGAGGGAAGAUGAUGUCCAGAGGAGUGUAUCAGCAAGAUCUAUGUCAUCAAGAGUGGGCAGCAUCAGUAAUGCCGAUCCAAGUAGGAAGAGAGGAAUGAUUUUACCCUUUGAACCUCUUUCGAUGACAUUUGAUGAUAUCCAUUAUGCAGUAGAUAUGCCACAGGAAAUGAAGGCUCAUGGCAUACAAGAGGAGAGACUAGAGCUUUUGAAAGGUGUCAGUGGUGCUUUCAGGCCAGGAGUUUUGACAGCCCUGAUGGGUAUUAGUGGGGCAGGAAAGACUACGCUAAUGGAUGUCUUGUCAGGUCGGAAAACAGGAGGAUAUAUUGAUGGGAGAAUCACAAUAUCAGGGUACCCAAAGAAGCAAGAAACCUUUGCACGUAUAGCAGGAUACUGUGAGCAAACUGACAUUCACUCACCUCAUGUUACAGUUUAUGAGUCCCUGCAGUUUUCUGCUUGGCUUCGCUUGCCUCCUGAAGUUGACGCUGCAACACGAACGAUGUUCAUAGAAGAGGUUAUGGAACUUGUUGAGCUUACUCCAUUGAGGGAUGCACUCGUAGGCUUGCCCGGUGUGGACGGUCUCUCCACUGAGCAGCGGAAGAGGCUAACUAUUGCAGUCGAACUUGUGGCCAAUCCUUCUAUUAUAUUCAUGGACGAGCCAACUUCAGGACUUGAUGCUAGAGCAGCUGCAAUUGUAAUGAGAACAGUGAGAAACACGGUGGACACAGGUCGAACUGUGGUUUGCACCAUUCAUCAACCAAGCAUUGACAUUUUUGAUGCUUUUGAUGAGCUACUACUACUCAAACGAGGAGGUGAAGAGAUAUACGUGGGUCCUUUAGGCCGGCAUUCUUCUCAGCUCAUCAAAUUCUUUGAGGGGAUCGAUGGAAUCAGUAAAAUCAAGGAUGGCUAUAAUCCAGCUACGUGGAUGCUGGAAGUAACUUCAGAAGCACAAGAAGCAGCUCUUGGCGUUAAUUUUGCUGAAGUAUACAGAAACUCAGAACUUUACAGGAGAAACAAAGCACUGAUCAAGGAACUCAGCACACCUGCCCCAGGUUCAAAAGAUCUAUACUUCCAAACGCAUUAUUCUCAAUCUUUCUGGACACAAUGCAUGGCUUGCCUAUGGAAACAACAUUGGUCAUACUGGAGAAACCCCCCAUACACUGCAGUCAGACUGCUGUUUACAACAUUCAUAGCCAUAAUGUUUGGAACUAUUUUUUGGGAUCUUGGCUCCAAAAGGAAAAAGCAGCAAGAUAUAUUUAAUGCAAUGGGUUCCAUGUAUGCUGCUGUUCUGUUUCUUGGAGUACAGAAUGCUACAUCAGUUCAACCAGUUGUUGCCAUCGAGAGAACGGUCUUCUACAGAGAAAGAGCAGCAGGGAUGUAUUCAGCUCUGCCAUAUGCAUUUGGACAGGCUGUGGUUGAACUCCCUAACCUUCUCAUUCAGACACUCGUGUACGGUGUCAUCGUGUAUGCAAUGAUCGGAUUCGAGUGGACCGUUGCCAAGUUCCUUUGGUACCUUUUCUUCAUGUAUUUCACCUUGUUGUACUUCACAUUGUACGGAAUGAUGACAGUGGCCGUAACUCCAAACCACAACAUAGCCGCCAUAGUUUCAUCAGCAUUCUAUGCAUUAUGGAACCUUUUCUCCGGAUUCAUCAUUCCCAAGACAAGAAUCCCAGUGUGGUGGAGAUGGUACUAUUACGUUUGUCCCAUUUCUUGGACACUAUAUGGAUUGGUUGCCUCACAAUUUGGAGACAUAAAAGCUCAGCUGGAUGAUAAUGAUCAAACAGUUGAAGAAUUUGUAAGAAACUAUUUCGGGUUCAGACAUGACUUCGUGGGGUAUGUCGCUGUAAUCAUCGCUGGAAUAGCUGUGCUCUUCGCCUUCAUUUUUGCCUUCUCCAUCAGAGUCUUUAACUUCCAGAAAAGAUAGAAUCACAACCCCCCCC